AUGGCCAGAAAUCUUGGCCUAAUUGUCUUCAUAUCCUUGUUUUCUCUGUCUUCCCCAGCCCUAACAACCAUUUUCUCAAAUGCCAUUGAUUUUUGGUGCAAUAAAACCCCACAUCCUCAAACAUGCAAGCACUUUGCCGCCACAAAUCAUCACCAAUUUCAAGAUGGUAUCCCAAAAAGUGCAUCACAAUUCAAGAACCUCAUCCUCAGAAUUGCAAUGGACCAAUCAUUGAAAACCCAAACUCAUAUCAUGUGGUUGGGAUCCAAAUGUGUGAGCAAGCAAGAAAAAGAAGCGUGGAGAGAUUGCAUAACCCUUUAUCAAGACACCAUCAACAUUCUCAACCAAGCCCUUAACCCUACGAAACAAAGCACUAGCUUUGAUCUCCAAACAUGGCUUAGCACAGCCUUAACCAACAUUGACACAUGCCAAACCGGGUUCCAAGAGCUUGGGGUUAGCAACAACAAUGUUCUAUCUCUCAUUCCCAACAAGAAUAUCUCAGAGAUCAUAAGCAAUUUUUUGGCUCUUAAUAAUGCUUUUUCGUUAAUUCCUUCAAAGACUAACGAAGAUGGCUUCCCAAGAUGGUUAUCACCCGGUGAUAGGAAGCUUGUAGAGUCACCAUUGUUAUCACCAGAUGUUGUGGUAGCUAAAGAUGGUUCAGGGAAUUUUGAGACCAUCAAAGAAGCUUUGAAAGCAGUUUCCAAAAGGAGUGGGAGAAAGAGGUUUGUGAUAUAUGUUAAGCGUGGGGUUUACGAUGAAAACAUUGUGAUUGGAAAAUCUUUGAAGAAUAUUAUGUUGUAUGGUGAUGGUAUAAGGCUCACAAUCAUUUCUGGUAAUCGAAGUGUUGGAGGAGGUUCUACCACUUUUAAUUCAGCAACAGUUGCGGUGACAGGAGAUGGGUUCAUGGCACGUGACAUGACAUUCCGCAACACAGCAGGAGCAGAAAAGCACCAAGCGGUGGCAUUGCGUUGUGGUGCAGACCUCUCUGUCUUCUACCGCUGUGGCUUUGAAGGGUACCAAGACACUCUCUAUGUCCACUCCCAAAGACACUUCUACAAGGAAUGCCACAUUUAUGGUACAGUCGACUUCAUCUUUGGCAACGCCGCUGUUGUCUUUCAAUCCUGCAAUAUAUAUGCCAGAAGGCCAAUGCCAAAACAGAAAAAUGCCAUAACAGCUCAAGGUAGAACAGAUCCGAAUCAAAACACUGGGAUUUGCAUCCAGAACUCGAAUGUAAUGGCUGGUGAAGACCUAGUGCCCGUGUUGAGUUCCUUCAAAACCUUCUUGGGUAGGCCAUGGAAGGAGUAUUCAAGGACAGUGUUCAUACAUACUUACAUUGAUGGGUUGGUAGACCCUGCAGGGUGGUUAGAGUGGAAAGGCGAUUUUGCCCUCGACACUUUGUAUUAUGGAGAGUAUAUGAACCUUGGUCCUAGGGGUUCCACAAGAGGUAGAGUCAAAUGGCGUGGUUACCAUGCCAUAACAAAUGCAACCGAAGCAUCCAAAUUCACGGUUGAAAAUUUUAUUGCUGGAAGAUCAUGGUUACCAGCCACAGGCAUUCCAUUCUUCUCCGGACUCUACUAUAUAGUUAAUUAA